GAGGGAUGGCGGGGGCCCGGAAGCCGUCGCAGGCGGACAAGGAGAUCGAGUCUGGGCUGGUGCGGGAUUUUGAGGCCGCUCUGUCUGGGAUCGGCCAGGAGCUGGAACCGGGGCCCUUCAGCACGAAUGAUGUCGUUGCAUUGUCCAUGCUUAAACAAGAGUCAGAGCUGCCACCUGAUGAUGCAAAUAAAAUGCCCUUUCAGUAUGUGCUUUGUGCUGCUACCUCUCCCGCAGUCAAGCUCCACGAUGAAACGCUCACCUAUCUCAAGCAAGGGCAGUCUUAUGAGAUCCGAAUGCUGGACAAUAGGAAAGGGGGGGAACCCGCAGAGAUCAGUGGCGGGCUCGUGAAGAGUAUGUUUCGGUUGCUGUUCCAUGAUAGGGGACUGCAGUACUCUGAGCAGCAGCAGCAGCUUGAGAGCUGGAGAUGGAACAGGCCAGGGGACAGAAUCCUUGAUAUAGACCUGGCAAUGUCCGUGGGUAUAACCGACCCUUGGGCAAAUCCAACUCAGCUGAAUACUGUGGAAUUCCUGUGGGACCCUGCUGCAAAGAGCACAUCCGUGUUUAUUCAGGUGCACUGCAACAGUACCGAGUUCCCUGUGAAACAACCUGGGGGAGAAAAGGAAGUGGCAUUCCGACUUCAAAUUGACACUUUCAAGGAGAAUAAGAAUGGAGAAUACACUGAAUACUUGAAUUCAGGCAGCUGUCAGAUCAAGGUUUUCAAAUCUGAUGAAGCAGAUGAGAAGCAAAAAAUAGACUGGGAGAAAAUGGAGAAGAAAAGCCCUAGUGAAAAGGAAGAGUACCAACCUUCCCAUGAGACAACUCUAUUCACAGAAUGUGCUCCAUGGGUUGAGAUGCCAUAUGCCAACAAUUCCCCAUCACCUGGCUUUAACAGUUCCCAUAGCAGUUUUUCCACUGGAGAAGAGAAUGGUUCACCAAACCACCACCCAGAACCAUCUCUUCCAGUUGAAGAUAAACUUCUGCCAACCACUAGCCCCCAGGAAGCUCAACAGUGGCUACAGCGCAACCGAUUCUCUGCCUUCUCUCGGCUUUUGAGAAAUUUCUCUGGUUCAGAUCUGUUGAAGUUAACCAAACAUGAUUUUAUCCAAAUCUGUGGCCCUGCUGAUGGAAUCCGAUUCUUUAAUACCAUAAAAGGACGAUUGGUGAGGCCCAGGCUGACAAUUUACCUUUGUCACAAAUCCUUCCAGUUGAAUGAGCAACAGCAGCAGGAAAAAGAGAAUGGAGAGUCGAAUGCUGUUCUGUCGGUGUAUCGUGCUGUCUAUCUGGAAGAACUGACAACUGUUGAGCUGACAGAGAAAAUCGCCCAGCUUCUCGGUAUGUCUCCUUCUCAGAUCACUGAGAUGUACAGGUUGGGGCCAAAAGGAAUCCAUGUGCUCGUCAGUAAUCAGAUGAUCCGCAACUUUGAGGAGGAAGCUUAUUUUCUUCUGAACACAACGAAAGCUGAAACCAAUGAUAAUUACUGUAUCAUCCUGGAAUAGAAGGAGAACAUCCUGUUCUGGAUAGCUGUGGCUUCCUUCUCCCCUUGGACACUCCUCCUCUUGCAGAGGGAUAUGGACAGAAAGUUGGAGGUCUGCAGGAGCCUGACUGAUGGAGAGUGGGAGGUGGAGUGAUGCUAUUCUGUGGAGAUGUAUGCCCAGCCGUCCAUUCCUUGUCCCAACCCUUUUGACACAUCCAAACUCCUGUCCUGCAUGCUCUUCUGCAGCUGUCUUCUAGUUACAAGUUCUGGACUGUGUUGUUGUUGUUUGAAUAUUGAUAGAAACUUGUCAUAUCAUUUAGCUUUUAUGUUGGUCAUAAUGAUGAUAGGAAUUGUGUGAUGUCUAAUUGAAAAUGUUAAAUUGUGUGAUAAUCUGGAGCCAUGUAAUAUUGUCCUAAUGUAUUAAUGUAUUAAUAACAAUGAAUCUUUAUGUUCUUUAGACUAUCCACCAACCAACUUCUCCAUGACAUACCUGCAGUCUCUGCUUUCACUACAGUAUAUUUGUUCCUGGAAACCACAAAUGUUUUCUUUUUUCCCCCACUGCACUCCAUAUUCUGCCAUUAACCCUCUUUACACCCCAUAGUGAUCCUGCAGUGCUGUGAUUCCUCACAGUUUACUUGGAAGAGCAAGGAAACAGCUGCCAAAGUGACCCACUAGUAGGGUCAGAGAUAU